ACUAGAGCGGUUCUUCAAACCACCUCAUUCAUCUCGACGGCGCUACGUGAUUCAGUUGUGUACCAUUCAGCCAUGUCAGUCGACCAGAUUUACUACUCAGAGAAGUACUACGACCAAGAUUAUGAAUACAGACACGUCAUGCUACCGAAGAACAUCGCUAAACUCGUACCUAAAGACAAGCUUAUGAACGAACCAGAGUGGAGAGGCAUUGGUGUGCAGCAAUCGCAGGGCUGGAUUCAUUACAUGCGUCACAGACCAGAACCUCACAUUUUAUUGUUCAGAAGACCGAGAACGGAUCGUAAAGCGGUCAAUGGAUGUAGCUAAGUUGGUUCCGCUAGGUUUUGCUUUCGAGGAUAAGUGGUACGUGCAAGGCUACGUCCAGGAAGUUUGACCUUGCGUACUUGUCCUUUCGUCGUUGCUAUUUACCCCGUUGUAUUUGUAUUUCUGGUAUUUGAGGUUGAAUCUGAUGUAAAUUCUUUAGGUUACUUAGAAAUAGGACUAAGAGACAUGAAGUUGUGUGCUAAUCUCCGUGUAGUUUGCAUUGAAAAUGUAGUGUUGAUACUUGA